GAGGUUAUGUGUAGUUCUACUACGCUACGGUAUUUUGAUCGGGAAGUGUGAAAGUGAAAUGUCAAAUAUUUUUUUAUCUUGCUAGUGAAUGACUGUCAUUAAAAUUGUUCUAAUUGAUUGCAUUGUAAUUAGUAAAUCUUGUCCAAUCUUUAAAAAUUAGAUUAUUUGUUAAAAUAGGUGCAUUUUUUGCAUUACUUAUAAACAUAUUAUUGUAUUCAUAACUGAUUACUGUACUGCUAUUUAAUCAUAAUUCAUAAUAAUUAUUAUGUGGCCCUAAUGUUUAAAAAAAACUUAAUUACAUCUUUGCAUAGGCUCGUAAAGUGGUCACUCAUUUCCAAACCUUUAGAGAAAUGUUUCGUAAUAUUGCAAAAGUAAGCUUAUGAAUUUUUUAGAUUGAAAGAAAACUAUAUUUUGAAAACAUUCAACAUGAACAAGGAAAGAUUUUCGUUGUUGCUAUUAGAACCUGGAGAGGUGUAUUUUGAAGAUGUGAGUGUAUUCCUCUGCUCUGAAACUACCACUAACAAAUUGAUUGAUGACGAGAAAAAUCAACUUGGAAGGCUGAAGGUGUGCUCCAAAUCACUCGUUUUUGAAUCAAAGGACUUGACCAAGCCGUUGAUUAAACUUCCGUUGAAAGAUUGUUCUGAUAUAAAGAAACACAAUGAGAGCCAUUACAAGUGGCUUACAUCAAGAGGACAAAAUGCGUUAACCAUAACGUGUAAUCAAUAUAUUGAGAUGCUCGAGGGCAAUACUCUAGCUCCUUAUAAAUUCAGAAACGUUAAACGGAUAUUUAUAUUUCUCCUGAAUUAUACAAAUGUUGAUGUGUGUGUUCGUCAAAUAUCGCAACUUCAUAGUGCAUCUACAUUACCGCUUGCUGAGCAGAACCAAAUGAUAGCAGCUAUUGAGAGAGGGAGACAACUGUUGAUUGAGUUCAAUCCCUUGUGGUUUGAAGACUUAUCUGAAAAAAUUGUAUUAGAAAUAAUUGGGAAUAGAAUCACUCCAUUGGUUGUGAAUCCAGGAAGAAUAAUUCUUUCAAAUCUGAAUCUAUACUUUCAGCCUUUCAACAAAAUUGAACCGCAUCUUUUUCUGAAAAUACCUCUGAAAGGAAUAAAAUCAAUAACGAAACGAAGAUUUCUACUUCGUCAGGUGGGACUGGAAUUAUGUUGUAAAGAUGCAGUUCCUUCUGGGUUGGAAGUUUUGUACUUGGCUCUCAAUACACCCAUAGAAAGAGACAGGCUCUAUGAAGUUCUUAUGAACCAGCCAUGCCUUAAUUUGGAUGAUUCAGAUCAAGGCAGAAUGACCUUGUUGUGGCAGAAUGGUGUUUUAUCAAACUAUGAUUAUCUUCUGUUCCUGAAUAGUCUAGCUGACAGAACCUUCAACGAUUUGACCCAAUAUCCAGUGUUUCCUUGGGUGAUUGCUGAUUACAGUAAAGAAUUCUUGGACUUGAAUGAUGAAAGCCUUUAUCGAGAUUUGAGAAAACCUGUUGGAGCUUUGAAUGAAGAAAGAUUGGGUCGGCUCAAGGACCGCUUCAAGGAUAUGCCGCAUCCGAGGUUUUUGUACGGAUCUCACUACUCUACCCCAGGAUUUGUCCUUUUUUAUUUGGUCAGAAAAUAUCCUCAUUUCAUGCUGUGCUUACAGAAUGGACGAUUUGAUCAUCCAGACAGAAUGUUCAACUGUGUAGCGAGUGUUUGGCGCAACGUAUUGUCAAAUUCUUCCGAUUUCAAAGAACUUGUUCCUGAGUUUUAUGACACUAAUACUAAUGGUGAUUUCCUGCUAAAUGCAUUUGGCGUCAACUUUGGAACCAUGUCAAAUGGAUCAAGGGUUGGUGACGUUGUCCUACCUCCUUGGGCUAAAGAUUCGAAGGAUUUUGUUUGCAAAUUACGAGAUGCUCUGGAGUCGGACUACGUUUCCAAGAACUUGCACCAUUGGAUUGACCUUAUAUUUGGAUACAAACAAUCUGGAAAGAAUGCAGAAGAAGCGGAUAAUUUGUUCUAUUAUCUUUGCUAUGAAGGAGCCGUUGACUUGGACUCAGUAACUGACUGUAAUGAGAAACAUUCAUUGGAAGUUCAAAUUAUGGAAUUUGGACAAAUUCCUAAGCAAAUAUUUGAUAAGCCUCACCCGCAAAGGAAUCCGAAAAGUGGAAUUCCGAAACCUUUAGCAGAAAACAAAGUUGUAAGAAGAACUCUAAAUUUCGAUUUGAAACAGAGGAUAUGUACACAUAAAGAUGCAGUGACUGCUGUGUUGGUAUCGAAACAGGAUGAUUCAACGUUGAAUGUGUUCUCUGCUGGUAGAGAUGCCAUUCUGAAGAUACAUUCGCUGACUGCAGACGGAGAGAGCCACGCACUGAUGUCGGCUGCUCUCUCUAUGUCGAGUAUGGCUCUCUCUUCCAUUGCCCUUCUGCAUGGUACCAGCUCUUUGGCUCUUGGAUCCUGGGAUUCGUCAAUUUUGGUGUACGACUUCGAAUGUGGUAGAACCAUCGACCAGGUGAACGGGCAUGAGGAUGCAAUCAGUUGUCUGCUGUGGUGCGAGCGCAAUAACUAUCUAAUCUCAGCGUCGUGGGACUGCUGCGUGAGAAUCUGGCAUAUUGCCGACAUCAAUCCAUAUAAAACGCUUAAGCCAGCUUCAGCUCUAGUAGCUCAGCUCGAGCAUGACUCCAAAGUUACUGCAGUAGCAGUUUCUUGGUCACUUGUGAGAAGUCAUCUGGAAUACGUCUCGGUGAUCUGGAACCGGGAUAGACUUUGCAAAUCUGUCAUGCUGGAAGGGAUACAGAGGAAAUUCGUUAAGUACUCGAUGCGACACUUCAUUCCAGGCUCAGAAGACUUAUCCUACAGGGAGCUGUGCUUGGCCAUAGACUUGGAAAACUUGGAAUGGCGGAGGAAGAAGAUCGAUGCCAUGUUUAUACAUGCUUGCCUCCAUGGUCAAAUUACCGUUGGUGAACGUGGAACCGACUUGAUUUGUUCACUUCAAUCUUCACAGAGUUGUAACCGUUUUUUGAACUUUCUCAGGUGCCUUUGUCUAAGUGAGAGCAUAUUCGUUGUUGGUGGAAGCAGGGGAAGACUAUUUGUUUGGGAUUUUGUAAGGAUGUCAUUAAUGCAGCAAAUCGAUGCCCAUAAAGAUGCAAUUUCUGCAGUGGCAGUGUUUGAUAAAGGCGAAAAUGUUAAUAUAAUUACUGGAAGCAAUGAUCGCAGGCUAAUCUUAUGGCAGAACUAAUUCGAAGGCCAUCUGAAAGUUUAACAUUAGGCAUAUCGUAUUUUAAAUGAAAUAUCUACUGUUGAUUUUUUAAAUUAUGUUGAUAUUAUAUUUUUUAUAAUGUACACGUUAUCAUCUUGAAGAUUUUAAUUUUAUCGAGACGUUUGUUUCUCAGUUAUUUAAUAAAAUGUUCAAUAUUAAA